AUGGCCGUCGCCGCCGCCGCCAACAGCGUGACGCUCCUCACCACCGACUCGCCCGACUCGCCCGCCCACAUCGCGCGCGCUGUGCUCGACAGCCACAUCAUGACGUGCAGCGAGGCCGCCACAGACAAGCUCAUUUUCGAAGCGUCAAUGUCGACCUUUCAGAAUGCGUCCGAAACCGAGAACCCGAGCAUGUGCAUAUGGACCUGGUCGGACAGUUGCUCGUGGCGGCCGCGCCGCUUCAACUUUUCCCCCAGCUGCGAGCGUCUCAACUUUGGCUACCGCAACACCAAGAUGCAAGGGCGCUUCACGAGCUCCAUGAAGACGCGCAUUGACGACAACUUCAAAAAGGACCUGUACGAGUACUGCGCGCGGUUUUCCAGCAGCGCCAAGGGCGGCGAGUGCCGCGACAUGGCCGACUGGUACGUCUUCUUGAGGCGCCGUCUUCGCUGGGCCGGCAACCCGGUCGAUUUUGGGGAGGAUGCGCAUGACAGGCUAAAAAAGUUGGUCGAGGUUGAUCUGCUGGAUAUCAAGGUUGAUGCUGAUAUUGAGGGCCAAAAGAUUCCCGAGUCUGAGGAGCACGGUGAAGAUGUUGACGACCUCGAUGCAUGGUUCGGUCCGACGAGAUGUUAUAUGAAAAGACAUGGAGGGUGA